AUGGAAACGUUCUUCAUCUCUCCAUCUUUCCUCCUCCUUUCGCUUCUCGCCGUCGCAGCCUCCGCCGCCUUCUCCCCCGCCGAUCACUACCUCAUCGAUUGCGGCUCUCCCCGGCCCACAACACUCGACGUCGACCACCGUCGCUUCGCCGGAGAUUCCUCCGGCUACGGAUCCCGAUUCCUCACCUCAUCCGGAUCCUUCUCCAUAAACCAUGAAUCAAACCCUUCCCCAGUUUAUAAUACAUCUCCAAUCUACCAAACAGCUAGGGUUUUCACCGCACCUUCCAACUACAUAUUCAAAAUCAAAGAUCAAGGAACUCACAUGGUACGCCUCCAUUUUCAUCGCAUCCCUCAAUCAAAACUAAACGAUUGCCAUGUCCAAUUUCACGUUUCAGCCAACGGUUUCGUCUUAUUAUACAAUUUCACCUCUUCUUCUUCUUCUCCACAAAUUAAGGAUUUCCUUAUUUGGAUUGACGUCGAUGAGCUUGUAAUUACGUUUACACCCUCAAAAUAUUCCAAACUCGCGUUUAUAAACGCGAUUGAGGUUAUAUCUACUCCUAAGGAUUUAAUCGCAGACGUUGCUUACUCAGUUGGUUCAGCAAAUCCCGGUAGAGACGAAGUUAAUGGUUUACAGAAGAAAGCUCUAGAAACUUCUUACCGCGUUACCGUUGGAGGAGUCAAAGUUACUCCUUUUAACGACUCUCUCUGGAGAACCUGGAAUCCAGACGAUCAAUUCUUGAAAUACGACGUUGGAUCUGAUCGGAUUUACUUCGGUAGCCGGAUUUACUACCGUCCGGGAGGUGCCAGCCGGGAAGUUUGUCCUGACAACGUUUACAACACGGCCAGAGUAAUCCGCAGCUCCGGCGAUUCCUUACCGGAGACGAACAUGACCUGGGUUUUUCCAGUGGACGGAGAUUACGAAUAUCUCAUCCGUCUCCAUUUCUGCGACAUCGCCAGUGUUUCCAUCGGGACUAUUCAUUUCAACGUUUACAUAAAUGGGAAAUUAUCUUACUACGAUUUAGACCUAUCGGAGAGAACAAACUGGCGGUUAGCCUCUCCUCUUUAUGCUGAUUUCAUCAGUUCACCGUCGGAACAGAGUUUGAUAUCCAUUAGCGUUGGACCUUCAAAUGCGAGCAUGCCAAACGGGAUAGAUGGUAUUCUGAAUGGUGUCGAGAUCAUGAAGAUGAGUAACAGAAUGGGUAGUCUAGAUGGAAAUGUUUGUGCAGGUUCUAUUUUAAAGAGAUGGAGCCAUGAAAGUUAUUAUAAAUGGAAUGUAAUACCUGUAAUUGCUGCAGCUUGUUUGCUUGUAACCGUUUCCAUGGCGGUUGUGCAUAAGAGAAGAGCUUGGUUCGGCGGGGAUGGUUCUAUUGCAUGGUCGCCUUUACCCACUACCAGUACCCUAUCUGAACUUAAUCUCAAGUCUUCUUCCACAUAA